AUGAAGUCCUCCGAUAUCGAUCAGGAUUUAUUUACAGACAGUUACUGCAAGGUGUGCAGUGCACAGCUGAUAUCGGAAUCUCAGCGCGUGGCCCACUACGAGAGUCGAAAACAUGCCAGUAAAGUCCGACUAUAUUACAUGCUUCACCCCAGGGACGGUGGGUGUCCCGCAAAGAGACUCCGAUCAGAGAAUGGAAGUGAUGCCGACAUGGUGGAUAAAAACAAGUGCUGCACCCUCUGUAACAUGUCCUUCACCUCCGCGGUGGUGGCUGACUCCCAUUAUCAAGGCAAAAUCCAUGCCAAAAGGUUAAAACUGUUGCUAGGAGAGAAAACCCCAUUAACGACCACAGCAACGCCUCUGAACUCACUUAAACCUCCGAGAGUGGACACUGCUCCAGUGGUCUCAUCUCCCUAUCAAAGAAGAGAUUCAGACAGAUACUGUGGGCUCUGUGCAGCCUGGUUUAACAAUCCUCUGAUGGCCCAGCAGCAUUAUGACGGCAAGAAACACAAAAAGAAUGCAGCAAGAGUUGCUUUGUUAGAACAGCUUGGGACAACUCUGGAUACGGGGGAAUUAAGAGGUCUGAGGCGCAAUUACAGAUGUACCAUCUGCAGUGUCUCUCUAAACUCAAUAGAACAGUAUCAUGCCCAUCUGAAAGGAUCUAAACAUCAGACCAAGGACAUCUUGCUGAAAUCUGGAGACCGUGUUGCCCACGUUGUCUGGGGUGUGGACGAACUUGGAGGAUGCAGUGCAGGCUGUUGGAAAGAGAAAUGGAUUGAAAGUGGGGAAGAGCCAGGACAAGCGCGAAUUCGUGAGCACCAGCUGGAACCUGUGAGGAUGGACGGAACCCCUUGUUACUGCUCACUGGUUAUCACCACCCACCUCGGUGAAGGGUGCAUUCUACAGGAGAAUCAGGUGUGGACCUGUGUGAACCGCAGAAGCGCCGACCUUCAAGUGUAA